AUGGCUUUCUAUGUAAACGAUAACGUAGACAACGUGAUCGAUGUCAAGCGGAUCUACAACGACUACGACGGAGAACUACGAAAGAGCCAAAAAUUGUUUUUCGAUUUCAAAGUGCAUUACACUCGUGCCGAAGAAGAAGAUGAUGACGUUGAAGAAGAAGAAGAUUUUCCCGAUUUUGACAAUCUUCAAACUCUAACCCUUGAGCAAACACACGAGUUUGAUCGAGAUUGGUUGUUUGGUGGAGACGGUGAUCAUUCACUAGCCAUCGUCUAUCACAUUCUAGAUUCGCUCCAAGUCCCUCCUUAUUCUGCUAUUGUUAACACUCUUGCUGAUGAGAUUAAGGAUUUGAAGAAAGAUGGUGCGAAAGACGUGGAGAGGGUACAAGUAAAGAUAGGUGUUACUGUCUCGAGGUUUCCCGGUGAAGAUGAUCACGUAGAUGUGCAAGUGCAACUUGCGGUUGCUCCAGCGAACGAUGAGGCGGUGGAGAUGCACUUGGAGACGCUUGUUGUUGAGAAUGAAGGCUAUUGUGUGAUAUGCAUGGAUAAUAUCCGAGUUGGGUCAGAUGUGGAAGCGGGUCGAAUGCCGUGUUCGCAUGUGUUUCAUCGUACUUGUGGAGAGGAAUGGCUUAGGAACAGUGGGAUUUGUCCGGUGUGUCGUGCCCUGUUUCCGGCUUAAAACUUUAAAACCCCUUUUGUAUUAGUUUUGUGCUAUAUGAACCCUAGUUUCAUGCUUUAUCUCUAGAUUGUCACUUUCACUUUUCUAAUGAAGUAUGUUUUACCUAGUUC